GGGGGCCUCCAUCCACAUUCCCGGAAGAGGAGCAGGUCUGCAAAGGAGGAGGAAAAAGAGAAAACAAAUAGGAUUUCCUCCCCCCUUCACCCUCCAAAGGUGACAAUGGAGAAGGCCGUCAGAAAUCUGGGGGGGCAUUUCAAUGCAAAUAAUGAAGAAGCCGUUAAAAAACCAUUUAAAUGCAUGGAGUGCGGAAAGAGCUUCAGUCAGAGUGGACACCUUAGAAUUCAUCAACGGACUCACACGGGGGAGAAACCAUUUCAAUGCAUGGAGUGUGGAAAGAGCUUCAGUCAGAGUGGACAUCUUAGAAUUCAUCAACGAACUCACACGGGGGAUAAACCAUUUAAAUGCAUGGAGUGUGGAACGAGCUUCAGUCAGAGUGGAAAUCUUAGAAUUCAUCAACAGACUCACACAGGAGAGAAACCAUUUAAAUGCAUGGAAUGUGGAAAGGGCUUCACAGAGGGUGGAAAACUUAGAAUUCAUCAACGGACUCACACGGGGGAUAAACCAUUUAAAUGCAUGGAGUGUGGAACGAGCUUCAGUCAGAGUGGAACACUAAGAAUUCAUCAACGGACUCACACUGGGGAGAAACCAUUUAAAUGUAUGGAGUGUGGAAAGAGCUUCAGUAGGAGUGGACAUCUUAGAAUUCAUCAACGAACUCACACGGGGGAUAAACCAUUUAAAUGCAUGGAGUGUGGAAAGAGCUUCACGGAGAAUGGAACACUAAGAAUUCAUCAACGGACUCACACUGGGGAGAAACCAUUUAAAUGUAUGGAGUGUGGAAAGAACUUCCCUUAUAGUGGAGCACUAAGAAUUCAUCAACGGACUCACACUGGGGAGAAACCAUUUAAAUGUAUGGAGUGUGGAAAGAGCUUCAGUAGGAGUGGACAUCUUAGAAUUCAUCAACGAACUCACACGGGGGAUAAACCAUUUAAAUGCAUGGAGUGUGGAAAGAGGUUCAGUCAGAGUGGAGAACUAAGAAUUCAUCAACGGACUCACACUGGGGAGAAACCAUUUAACUGUAUGCAGUGUGGAAAGAGCUUCUGUAUGGGUGGGCAACUGAAUUCACAUCAUCGAACACACACAGGGGAGAAACCUUAUAAAUGUAUGGAGUGUGGAAAGAACUUCAGUCAGAGUGGAAGUCUUACAAAACAUCAACAAAUUCAUACUGGGGAGAAACCAUAUAAGUGUUAGGGAAGUGGAUAGAGGUUCAGUUGUAGUGGAAGUCUUACAAAUCCCCUAAAGACUCUGAGGGGUAAGAGCUCUAGGAGUGGAAACUCUACAAGCCAUGAAUUAACUCAAAGAAGGGAAAUGGUUUAAAUAGAAGGAUUGCAGAUUCUGCUUUGGUUAUUAUGGAACGCUUUUUAAAGUGUAGAACCUCUUUCUCUCUGAAUGGACACUUUCCUUCACAUAAGUGACAGGAAUUCCAUCUUAAAGGCAUGCAGCGUAUGUGAGCUUCUGUUGUUUGUAUGUAACAUUGUCUAGACAUGUUUUUAAAGUAAUGAGGGUAACAUUUCACAAUAGUAAGCAUAAUAUAAUAUUGAAUGUACUGUUCGAUAGGGAGGGGGAGUGUGUGAGUCUGGAGUGUUGCUUCUGAAUGAGGACGGACUGAGAGUGAGCUGGUUUUGGUGUUUGGGGGAGGGAGUUGGAAAUGUUUCUACAGUGGUACCUCUAUUUACGAAUGUUUCUACUUACGAACGGAGCUCCGUCCGCCAUCUUGGAUGCGGUUUAGAUAGGAUUUUUUCUAGAUAGGGUUGCUUCUACUUACAAAUUUUUUCUCCCAAUGCAUUCCUAUGGGAUUCGACUUGCAAAUUUUUUCGACUUGUGUGUUCGGAACGCAUUAAAUUCGUAAGUAGAGGUACCACUGUAUAGGAAUAGCAGCAUCACUCCCACUGUUAUAAUUGCAUGAAGACACAGAAAGACUGAAAGCACCUCCUUAUAUGCCCAAGGUAAUUUUGAACCCCUCAUCUAUUCUUUUGAUUUAUAGAUAUACUAGCUGGCCCUGCCACGCGAUGCUGUGGCUUAAUCUUUGAAAUGCAAAACAAUGAAAAGGUAAACAACUGUGAAGAGCAAAUAUUUAAAUGUAUAUGCACCAACAACCUUUACAUAUACAACGAGAUUAAAAAUGUUUACAAAUGUUUACAACAUCUCAUGGUCGAAGUAUUAAAAAUCCAGUAUAAGGUGCAAUAAUCAAGACUCCCCUGUAAGCCCCACUGUGGCUUAGUUUGUGAAAUGGGCCCUCAAAGUCCCCCUUCAGAGUCCCCUGUAGGCCCCACUGUGGCUUAGUCUCUUAAAUGGGCCCUCAAAGUCCCCCUUCAGAGACCCCUAUAGGCCCCACUUUGGCUGAGUCUCUUAUAUGGUCCCUCAGAGUCCCCCUUCAGAGUCCCCUGUAGGCCCCACUGUGGCUUAGUCUCUUAAAUGGGCCCUCAGAGUCCCCCUUCAGACUCCCCUAUAGGCCCCACUGUGGCUUAGUCUCUUAAAUGGGCCCUCAGAGUCCCCCUUCAGACUCCCCUGUAGGCCCCACUGUGGCUUAGUCUCUUAAAUGGGCCCUCAAAGUCCCCCUUCAGACUCCCCUGUAGGCCCCACUGUGGCUUAGUCUCUUAAAUGGGCCCCCCAGAGUCCCCCUUCAGAGUCCCCUGUAGGCCCCCUGUGGCUUAGUCUGUGAAAUGGGCCCUCAGAGUCCCCCUUCUGACUCCCCUGUAGGCCCUAAAUGGGCCUUCAAAGUCCUCCUUCAGACCCCCCUGUAGGCCCCACCUAAAUUAUAAAUAAUGAAGGCACCAGCCGAACCUCCCUGGGGAGGGUAUUCCACAAAUGAGGAGCCAUCACAGAAAAGGCCUGUUCUCUUGUUGCCACCCUCUGGACCAGGCAUCCCCAAACUGCAGCCCUCCAGAUGUUUUUGCCUACAACUCCCAUGAUCCCUAGCUAACAGGACGAGUGGUCAGGGAUGAUGGGAAUUGUAGUCCAAAACAUCUUAAGGGCCAAAGUUUGGGGAUGCCUGCUCUGGACCUUUCCUGGAGGAGCCACACGAAGAAGGGCUUCAGAUGAUGAUCUCUGGGUCCAGAUAGGUUCAUAGGAGAGAGUGGUCCAUGAAGUAUUGUGAUCCUGAGCUGUUUAAUGCUCAGUAUCAUCACUUAAGGCUGUAAGUCCUCAUCUCUCCACUCUUCCUCUGAUUAAGGGAUUCCCUUUCAAAUUCGCUGCCAAGCUACUUCUGUCCAGUUUCUCCCUCCCCCAAAAGGGAAAAAGGAGCAUCUAUCUUCUGACAUGCUUGUAACGAGUAAAUUAGACAGUGGCCUGACCCCACACAUUUCAUCGACAGCCCACCAGCUGAACAGGGUUUAAGAAAGAAAUAUUUUAAAGUCAAAUCUAUCCGCAGAACUGGAAAUUUUGAGAAUAAGAGGCUUCAUUUAGUUAACAUCAUAAUUUAAUGGUGAAUAAAGGCCUCAGGUCCAGUUUGUGGCAUCUCAACUUAAGAGAACUGCUUGCUAAAAAGGGCAGCUAACACGAACAUCAAAAAAUAAUCUCUUCAAUCUUAAAAAGAAGAACAGUAAUUUCGUUGUUCCCGCAAGGGGACAAUGACAAUAAAGAUAUCUUAAAUAAGAUGUCUCACUUCGAUUUCAUUGUGACAUGCUCCUUCGUAUUCAGAUCAGCUCUCAGCACAAUAAUGUAGCACUUGGGAAUGAAGAUGCAGCCCAGAAGCCCAGCACUGGAGGCCAAGAUGGAGAAGACCUGCACAGCUACCAUGUAUUUCCCCUUUGUACUCAGGUAGGUAGGAACAAAAGACACCCAAACACUGCAGAAGACCAGCAUGCUGAAGGUGAUCAGCUUGGCUUCAUUGAAGGACCCAGGCAGUUUCCUGGCUAGGAAAGCCACUGUGAAGCAGAUGGCAGCCAGGAAGCCCAUAUAGCUGAGGGAACCAUAAAACAUGGCAGCAGACCCUUCAUUACAUUGCAGGAUAAUCUCUGUAGGCUGGGAGUGCAUGUCAGAGACUGGGAAUGGGGUAGAGGUCCCCAGCCAGAUGGUGCAGAUGAGAACUUGGACACUAGAGCAGGCAAUGACAAUGGAGUUGGCCAGACUUUUCCCAAGCCAUCUUCUAACCUUGUUUCCUGGCUUUGUAGCCAGGAAGGCCAGCACCACCGUGAUGGUUUUUGCCAACAUAGAAGAAACAGCAACAGAGAAGAUGAUGCUGAAG